AUGGAAAAGAGGCUAAACGGGAAGGUAGUAUGGAUUACUGGUGCAGGGUCGGGGAUUGGAAGACAACUGGCCGUCUCCAUGGCCAAGGUCGGAGCCAAGCUCGUCCUCCAUAGUCUUCAAGGCGAAGAUCUCGACUCCGUGAAAGCCCUCUGCCUCGAGAACGCGCAAGGACGCCUGAGCGAGGAAGACAUUCUCAUCCUUUACGGAGACAUUGCCGAGAUUCAAUCGCACGAAAAAUGGGUUCGGCACGUUCUGCAACAUUUCAAGACGGUGGAUAUCCUGAUAAACAACGCAGGGAUGAACAUCUUCCAAAAGGCAUAUGAAACACCACUGGACUUGACACGGAGGUUAUUCGACGUGAACCUCUUCGGGAUGAACAUCUUCCAAAAGGCAUAUGAAACACCACUGGACUUGACACGGAGGUUAUUCGACGUGAACCUCUUCGGUAACGUCGGGUUGGCCAUGGCCCUCCUGCCCCAUUUCAGGCAGAGGAAAGCAGGGCACAUCGUCGUGACAUCCAGCGUCCUUUCAUUCUUCUCCGCUCCCAAGGUUUCCGCCUAUUGUGCUUCCAAAGGGGCAGUUCAGGGAUUCUACGACACCUUGCUGAUGGAGGAGGCGGGAAAUGGGAUCAAAAUCACCACCUUGCAGCCAGGCUUCGUCGACACAAGCAUCUACGCUAAUUCCAUUAAUAUGAAAGGGGAAUGCAUUGACAUGAGCAAAUUCAAGGCGGUCAACAUGGACGUGGCGUCAUUCGCGGAUUGGGUGCUGGUCGCGAUCGCCAACAAGGCUUUUUCCGCCUGCAUCGCCAAGAAGUGGAUCCUCCUCUGCGUCCUCUAUCAUUGCCCGAAUCUCUGGAGAUGGCAGGCUGCCCAGGACCAACCUGGGAAAGGCUUUCAUCUAUGUCCAAUUCUGGGUGGAAAUGUGAAUCCAAUCAAGCUGAUCAGAUAUGUCAUCGACCGAAGUGUGGACAAGAAACAUAAUCAAGACAUUAAGGAGCGGCUAGAAGCAGGAUUCUACGACACCUUGCUGAUGGAGGAGGCGGGAAAUGGGAUCAAAAUCACCACCUUGCAGCCAGGCUUCGUCGACACAAGCAUCUACGCUAAUUCCAUUAAUAUGAAAGGGGAAUGCAUUGACAUGAGCAAAUUCAAGGCGUUCAACAUGGACGUGGCGUCAUUCGCAGAUUGGGUGCUGGUCGCGAUCGCCAACAAGGCGUUUUCCGCCUGCAUCGCUAAGAAAUGGAUCCUUCUCUGCGUCAUCUAUCAUUACCCGAAUCUCUGGAGAUGGAUCGUGGUGAGAACAGGGGAUAUGCUUUCGAACGUCUUCACCAAGAGGAAGUAG